AUGCCGGCAGUUAAAACGGGAUUUAAUCGGGUGUUAGACGAUUUGGCACGUCGUCAGUUGCAUCUCGAUUUUGAAUUUGGUACGGCUGCCGAGAAAUACGAACCAGUUCGUAGCAUUGGAGCGGGAGCGUUCGGAAUCGUUUGCGAAGCUGAAGAAACGACCAGUGAUGGGGCGAUAAAGAAGAUUGGUCACGCUUCUGCGACACCUACUCUGGCACGUCGUACCCUACGUGAAAUUCGUGUGCUACGCCAUGUACAUCAUGAUAACAUAGUGUCAAUGAGAGAUAUUUUCCGCACAAAAGGACCAUUAGGCAUAAAUGUUUAUUUGGUGAUGGAUCUCAUGGAAUAUAGCCUCCAUCAGGUUAUUCAUGGUUGUUCAAAUGAACUCGACGACUAUUUGAUCAGAAGAUUCUUAUACCAAUUGCUGAUGGGACUUCGGUAUCUCCAUACCGCCGGCAUCGCUCAUCGUGAUCUGAAACCGUCAAACCUGUUGGUGAAUAGCGAUUGCACCUUGCGCAUUGCCGAUUUUGGUAUGGCGAAACUUGCCAUGAGAGAUCAGAUGGAUGAAGCAGAUGAGCACUGCUUUUAUAUGACCCAACAUGUUGCGACUCUCCCGUACAGAGCGCCGGAGCUGCUGUACGUGAUGCCAGAACACUCGACGGCUGUCGACAUGUGGGCUGUUGGAUGUAUAUUCGCAGAGAUGAUACUGAAACGUGAAUUGUUCCCUGGACGGAGUGUUUCCGGCCAGAUCAAAAUCAUUCUCACGAUGCUCGGCGCUCCAUCACAAAAAAAAAUAGGUUUGGUCACAGUGAAUUGCAUUCUGGACGAAAUAAGAUGUGAACGUACGCGGCGACUCAUUGAGAAUUUUGGGGACCACGCCCAACGACCAUGGCCUGAAAUAAUGUACUGUAGGGAACGAGAGGUGAUUCAUUUUCAAAAUCAUUUUUCCAAAGGGAAAUUUGAUGCCGACAGGAUUGAUGUACAAGGCGCUCUCAACCAUUCAUACAUCACACAAAGCAUCAGCGCCGAUGAGCUGCGGGCGCAGAAAGCUUGCCCUUUCAAGGUGAAAAUGGAUAUGGCCGCAGUCGAGACGCUUACUCAUCAGGAAUUAACCCAGGCUUUAAAUAGAGACGUACGAUCAGCAGACUGUUCUAUGUAUGCAUCACAACGUGACUGGAAAAAAACCUCAUUCCACAAAACCAAAUUGAAUCGGGAUUAUGUUUGGCUUCAACCGUUACUUUAUGGGAAGUGA